AAUAUGCAAUACAUGUAUUACUAAUCUUAUGAUGCUCUAUUUUAACAAUUCUAAAAAAAUGGGAAAAUAACAAGGGCUGAUUUGAGAUCCAUAUUGUAGGCUAUUAAUUACAAUGAAAUGUAAAUAAAUAAUGUGUUAUCCAAAGUGAAUGAUGAUGAAAUAAGUAAAAGUAAUUAAGUAUAUAGCUUAAAAUUAGUUUAUGCGUAGUAUCGUGGUUCAAAAUAUCCCCACUUACAGAUUCCCUACUCAAAUCCCACAACUCAUACCUUAGCAAGUAGAUUAAAAUUAGAAUCAGCAAAAAAUUACUUAAGAUUAACAAUAAUAAAUUUACGAGGAAUUCAAAACCAUCUUAAAAGGAUAAGAAUAUGAUAAAGCCGUGAAUUUUCUAUGUAAAAGAAUAUACGAAUAUCAUUAGAAUAAUACAAGGAUAUGGAUUUGGUGAAUGUAGUUGAUUAGCAGAGCAAAUAGAUUUGUUCCUAUAUCGUAGUGUAAUUUGAUAAUGAAGGAUUGGCAUUGAAAUUUCUGUCUCUAUUGACAGAUUUUAGAGUGAAUUUAAAUUUCAAGGAUUCCUUAAAACAGUCAAUAUUAUUUUACAUAUGCAGAGAUGGUAAACUGAAAUUGCUUGAUUUCGUAUUGUCUUAGAAUGCAGUCAACAUAAAUGAUCAAGAUUAAUAUGGAUAAACUCCUUUAUUUUAUGCAGCCAGGGACAACAAAGUAGAUAUUGUUACAAGGUACGUCUCAUGUAUUAGAAUAGACUUGUUUAAGUUGGAGCCAAUGUCAAUUUAGUGGACACUCUCUCAAAUCAAACAGCAUUAUUCUAUUCAGCCAGAGAAGGGAAUGCUGAAAUCUGUAAAAUUCUAAUUGAUGUAAGAUCAUAGACUAUAUAGAACGGUUGCAAUCCAAAUCAUCAAGAUCAACAUAAAAAGACAGCCUAAUUCUUUGCCAAGAGAUUUUAGAGGAAGGAAGUGAUGGAACUGUUCAACUCAUAUUUUGGAAAAAAUAAAGAUGAUUUUAAACAAAACUCUAAUUAAAACAAUGAAAAUAGCAAGGGAGAACAACCAAAAUAAUAGAAGAAGAAAAAUAAGGAUUUGCCAAAGUAAGCAUAUAAAUUAAUGUUUACUGAUGAAUAUGGUAAUCUUCAAGAAGUUACGUCUUCGGAAUUUUCUAAAUUUUAAUAGUAAUACCCAUAAAUAGCUAAUCUAAUAAUUAAUGCAGAUGAAUUAAUAGAUGACAAUGUUUUGAACUCUAUGAAGGACGAUGAACUUUGGGAAAAAGUAGCUAAAAAGGUGUUGUAAAUAUUAUGGAAAGCGAAAGGAGCAUAAUUAUUUCAUAAUCCUGUGGAUGAGAAAAAGUAUGGCAUCAAUGAUUACUAUGACAUUGUUAAAAGACCCAUGGAUUUUGGAACUGUUAAGGUAUUUAAUCAUAUAUAAAAAUUAAUAGCAAAAACUAAAUGCAAAUCAAUAUAAAAAUUGUAAAGAAUUCUAUCAUGAUAUCAUGUUGGUGUUUGAUAAUUGUAUAUUAUAUAAUGGAUCAGAAAAUGAUAUUGGCUAGGUUGGACUUGCAUUAAAAUAAGAGUUCUUAAAUUAAAUUGAGUAGACUGGUCUAAAAAAACAUUUAAUAUGA